AUGGCUGCUGAUGCACCUACUAAGGCCAACGGGGAUUCUACCCCUGCGGCUGCAGUUGAGAAGACUGCGAAGCCUACCAAGCCCGAUGAGGAGGCGUUCAAGAAGAGUCUUGAGGCUGCCGAGAAGGAGCACAAGGCCGUAAUGGCCAAAUAUAAUGCGAUCAAGGAAAAGAUCGAGCUCGCCCAGCCGAACAAGAACAAGGACCAGCCCACCCCCACCCAGAAGCGCCGCCAGGAGCUCAUCGCCCAGCUCAACGAGAUCCGCCAGAAGCAAGCCGGCUUCAAGAACGCCCGCGCUUCCAAGAUGGAUCAGAUCAAGCGCCUCGACGAGCAGCUCCGUAGCCGGAUCGCCGAGCAAAAGACCGCCCGCGGCCGCGUGCCCUACAAGAGCCUCGAGGACCUCGACCGCCAGAUCGCCGAGACCGAGCGCAAGGUCGACUCGGGAACCCUCAAGAUCGUCGACGAAAAGAAGGCUCUCAACGACGUCUCCGCCAUGAAGAAGAUGCGCAAGAGCUUCGUCCAGUUCGACGACGCCCAGAAGCAAAUCGACCAGCUCAAGGCCAAGAUAAAGGAGAUCAAGGACUCGCAGGAGGACCCCGAGCAGAAGGCGCUCAGCGAAUCCUACAACAAGCUGCAGAAGGAGCUCGACGAGAUCAAGGCCCAGGCCGACGAGGCGUACAAGAGCCUCGGCUCCCUCCGCGACGAGAGGACCAAGCUCCAGGCUGAGCAGCAGGAGAAGUUCCAGGCCGUUCGCAAGAUCAAGGACGACUACUACUCCCAGAAGCGUGCGUUCUCCCAAUACGAGAAGGAGGCCCGCGAGAAGGCCAGGGAGAGGCAACGUGCCGAGCGUGAGCGCAUCAUCAAGGAGCGUAAGAAGGCCGACGCCGAGCGCCUUCUGCAGGAGGCCAGCGACCCAGCUUUCCUCGAGGAGAUCCGCCGCGCCAACAGCCUGCUCAGGUUCCUCGAUCCCACCACCGCGCCCGCCGAGAAGGCUCCUCUUCUCGCCGACAGCGGUCUCGCGGCCCAGGCUCAGCGCAAGGUCGAUGACUCCGGCCUCAAGGGCAUGAGGCUCGUGAGGAAGGAGGAUCGCGAGGACGACUACCUCCCUGCCGUGAAGAAGGGUAAGAAGGGAAAGAAGGGUGGCGCUCACGACUCUGCUAGCAAGAACUUCAACUGCCCUCCCUCCGUCGUUGAGGACUGCGCGUACCUUGGUGUCGACCCCCCCAUGGGCGCCGCCGAUGUCCCCGGUGUCAUUGAGAAGGUCCAGGCCAAGCUCGCAGAGUGGAAGGCUAACCAGGCAGCUCAGACCCAAAAGAACAUCGACAAGGCGAAGAAGGAGAUCGCCCGUCUCGAGGCCGAGGAAUCCGCCCAGUCCAACGGCAGCGACGCCAAGGUCGAGAACCUCGCCUCCACCCUUGAGGCGACUACUGUUAAGGAGUAG